AUGGGAAGUUUGAUAACCACUGUAUAAAAUUCUCCUAUUCCAGAACCAAACAAAAAGAUUAUUUCCUGUAUAUUAUUAUAGCCUUAUAGCUUUAUAGUACCAAUUGGAAAAGUAAGGACACUGCACAAAGGAUUUCAAAUGCUUUGCGAAUCAUUUGCAAUAAAUUAAAAAGAGUUUGAAUAGAUAUUCGCAUUAGAUGAGUCUGUAUUUGCACUAUGGGAUUCAGAUUCAAAUGAAUAGAAGAUAAAAUCAGAUGUAAUUAACAUCAUUAACUCAAGUUUAGUUUUGUUUGAAUUUUUCGACUUUAAUGAUAACAAUUAUCUUGAGGAAGAUGAUUUGUAAUUUUUAGCUAACACUUGCAUUGGAGCAUCGUUUAAAAUAUUUUCUAUUGGGGGUUUGGGAUAAAGCAAUUAUGAGACGAACGUAUAAACAUAAGAAACUAAUGAGAGAAUGCUUAAAUUAAUAAAGGAGUCUUUUCCAGAUGGAAUGAGGAUCCAUAUCUCAGACAUGCUUAAAUGGGCAUCUGGUACUUAGGAUAUUAAAGAGUUCUUUACAGUAGUUGAGAUAAUGAAUCAGAAUAACACUGUUGCUUGA